AUGCCAAGCAGAGUGGUACAGGCAUAUCCACCUGGUGAAAGUUUCCCCCUCGGAAACUGUGAUAAUGUCCUCGUCGACAUCACAGGCGAUGAUGGCCAAAUCACAACUUGUGUUGCACAAGUUCAACUUAUUUUUCUGCUGAAUCUUCCACAUGCUUCUAACCUGGUCUUGCCAUCAUAUCUAUCCUGUCCACUCCUCUACAUUCAGUAUUACCACUUUGUUGCCAGUCCUAACGACCGCCCUGAACGUGCGAUGUGGACAGUUGAGCAUUCAUAUGUGGAAGACCAACAUGGUAAACACAGAUGUGGUGGUGUGGUCCCAUUGACGAGUGCAACGCACACUGUUGAGUUAAUCCCAGAAUAUGGUGAAAAGAUGGAUGAAAAGAUUUCUUCGGCUGUUUGUUUGGAGAGCUAUGAUCGUUUUUUUCUGAACAAUUUUGCAGAUAAGGAGAGUUAUCACACGUUGAGUACAGAGUUCGCAUAG